AUUGCUCGGGUGUUGCCCAUGCUGCCGCUGCCACUAACGAUGCUAUUAGCGCUGUUAGAGUUCUGCGUUGCUGUGGCUGCUGUUGUUGGCGCCGCUGCUACUAUUUGGCUUACCCGAAUGCUGCUGUGUCCCAAUCGUCAAACGAUGUGCUGCCACUAAAAAUGAAACUGAAACACGCGUUAUGGUAUUCGGCUAACGACUUGCCAGUCAGUCUCAAAGGAACUUUUGUGCGGUUCGGUUCGGUUCGGUUUGAUGUGUUGCACGUGCAAAAUACAUAUUUCCCAACGUCGUGCGCUCGACUUUUCAGUGAUUAUUUCGUUGCGGCGCUAGUGCUUGGCCCACAUUGCGUACGCGUCCUCAUUACGUGCGAUUUGGUGGCAUUAUUGUGACAUAAAAGACUUUUUGCUAUUAGUACGCUGAAUAUUGCGCAAUAUUUUGGCAUCAAUUGAACUGCGCUCAACGUGUAUGUUUGAUGUGAAAGAAGUGCGAAUCCAAUAAGCGACAGCCAUUAUUAGUUGUCCAGCUGCCUGUGUACUAAGCAAAUGUUGUGGCACGUUUUUGUGGCAAUUAGUUGUUGGCGCUCUUGCUAGGCCAGCAGCGCAUGUGCAAUUAUUGUAACUUUCCAUGAAUUUGUAGCGUUUACUUUUGCAAAGCAAGUUUCGUUCGCGUCCAUUACGUGUGGCAAGCAGCCGGCUUAGCCAGCACACGUUGCAAGUGCAAGUCUCUUUUUUAGCGCUAGUAGUAGCGUCUGUUUGUUUUUCAUACCGCCGUUGCUGUCACCGCUGGCGAUAACGCUGCUAGUUGCGUAAACUUUCAUUGAAGCGCUUGUUUUGGUUGUAUCUCGCCGCUUACGCGCUACUUUAGUGUUUGUUGGCCGCGCGCGUACUUUUUGUAUGUUUGCUGUUGUGCGCGCGUGUGUUGUGAAUUUACAUAAAUAAUCUAAGUGAUUUUCAAUCAUAAUUUCCUUGGCGCUUCAAGCCAUUGUUGCUGCCAUGACGCGUAAUAUACUAUAGUGUCACAUAAUUCUCUCUCGGCAAGUAACACACACACACACAAGCAAUACACAAAUAUUUUAGUGAAGCGCGUAGUGACAGUGGCUGCUCGUAAAAUGUUUAAUAUACUCGCUGCGACACCUGACUGGCAUACCGACACGUACUAAAGACAACCUAUCUGCGCUCCCAUUGCGUCCACUACACUUGCUUACAACGCCAUCAAACGCGUGCAACGUGCUGCUGAAGGACACUCAAGCUGUGCCGCAUUGAGUAAGCUCGCCUGCUGGCUUACUGCUUACUGCUUCGGUGUGUUUGUGCCCGUUGUGCUUCUCGUAAAAUAUCACCGUUGAACGUGCGCGGAUUAGAAAGCCACAAGCGUGGAGGCAAGUAUCGCGGUCGCAGCGCGUCGCUGGCUAUGUAAAUAGCGCGUUGCUUGUGCGCCACUGACUCUACUUUCCGGGUGACGUGUCAUGGAUCUUUUUGAAUUGCUGGAUCGUGAUAGCUAUUAGAAAGGACAUUGAUCCUAUAAUCCUUAUUCCUGCACUUAACUUAAAGUCUCCUGCUGAAGAUUUGGCGCUGAAAAGGAUCAACUAAAGGAUCGCUCCCUUUAAAAAUUGAUUGCUCCAGUGACAACUGCAUUCUACACACAUUUUGGAGAAUUUCUAAGACUAACUAAACGUAUAGAGAUCUUUACUGUAAAACUCAAUUAUGUGUGUCCAGUUGGUUGAAUGGCGCUUAAGCUGUCUCGCAUGCAGGAAGUGGAUGUGAAUCAUUAACAAGUGCAACAACGGGCAAACAACAGAACGCAAACACACACGCAUAUAUACUUACACCGGCACUCAUAUACACCAACGUGUGGCAAGUGCGGAGCCUUGGGCGCCACUCCGUUAUAUCUCUUUUACGGCGGCCCAGCACGUAGGCAACUAGCCAAAGCCACCUCCCACGAGUGAGCGAGAACUUCGCCAACGCAACUCUCGGUCCGCAUCAAGGACACACACAGACACACAAAUUGUGGUGUGUAGUGCAGCUUUGCAGCGCUCAUUUGCCAUUCCACGCAGCAGUUAAUCUGCAACUUAACGUCCCUUCUUCACAUCUUAAUCAGGCACAAGGCAAUCAUGUCUAAAAGAGAGCGACUAUUUCACGAAUGGUUCAAUCUGUUCGCACUGAUCUGGAUGAUAAUCACCGACAUAUGUUUUAACGCGCACUGUUUGAAGGACCUGAAGAUAUUCGUGCCGGAGGCGGUUAUAAUGGGCAACGCAGCGACGCUCUCAUGCCAAUACGAUUUGGGGCAGGCUGCUCUCUAUUCGGUUCGCUGGUAUUUCGGCACUGAGGAAUUCUAUCGCUAUGUGCCCAAGGAGUCACCGCCCACGCUGGUCUUUCCGGUGUCUGGCAUUAAUGUCGAUCUCACAAACUCAGACGCCACUUCGGUAACGCUGAAGGGUGUCAACCGCGAACUAACUGGCAACUACCAGUGCGAAGUGUCCGAAGAUGAGCCGCUCUUCCACACCGACAUACGCGCCGCACACAUGCAGGUCAUCGAACUGCCCAAGGAUGAGCCGGCUAUGCAGGUAGACAAGAAGGUCAUCACCAUGAAUGACAAUUUCAAGGCUGUCUGCACAGUUGGGAUGUCAUAUCCGCCAGCCAACAUAACAUGGUACAUCAACGGACGCAAGAUUUACAAAACACCCUUUCAACGCAUCAACCACGUCGCCUUCGAAGGUACCUCCACAUACUCCUCUCUAGAAAUCUCCCCACACAGUCAAGUGCUGCAAGGUUUCUUCCAGACGGUGCCCAAAUACCAGACGACAAGUAUACUGCUGCUAUGCGAGGUCUCCAUACUGCAUGUCUUCCAUAAGAACGUGCAACAACGCUUGCUGCUGAGCGUAACGCCGCCCACCACCAUCUCGCCCAACCUACUCGGCCUGGAGGGUUCGAAACGCAUCAACGGCGAUCCAGACAACUCGGCGCUCACAGGCGGCGUCGCCAGUAGCCACAACAGCAGGCGACGAAUAGGAGGCGUGUUCGCGAUCGUCGGCAUGGCGUUCGUUGCACUGUUGGCGGUGGGCGUGUGUCAUGGCGCUACAAUGGGCGCGCUCGCCGAUGAUACAAUGCCACCGCUUGCAACUCGGUUCGCUGUGGCAGCGGCUUCGUCGAAGCGCCAGGCGGUAGUUCUCGCGACGUCCGCGCCAUUGGCGCCAAGCGUGGCAGCAGCGCAGAAAGCUGUGGUUCAGCUGUGACCUCAAAGCAGCGUAUAUAUUAGUGGUGACAACCUCAGUGAUGGCAAACAAAUUGCAACAACUACAAAGUAAAUAAAUAACGUCGUUUCCUGGCUGCAAAAACAACAAAACGCAGAAAUGGCAGCGGCAGCGGCAGCAGCAGACGUUAUGAAGGCUAACACGGCAUGCAAACUAUAACAGUAGAGAAAUGUUAAUUUAAUGCAACAACAACAACAACAUAACAACAAAAACUAAAUGAAAAUGGCAAACAAUGGAAAUUGGUUUUGCACAUGAAAUUUAAUUGUGAAAAACACCACAAAAAAAGCAGAAAAUUGGAAAAAUUAAACCUAAUAUUAAGCAUACAAAUAGCGGUAAAUGUAGCAAAGCAACAAAAAAUUAUGCAAAUAUGUCUGGUAUAAAUGAAAAUAAAUAAAAAGGCGUAAAGUAAAUAGUGAGAAAUAAUUAUAAUGAAAUUAAUUUAUAUAUUUGUUGACGGCAAUAAAGAUAAAACACUACAACAACAACAACAACGCUAACCGCAGUAGUGCGCAUGCAUCAUAUGCCCGAAGAAAAGCCAUAAUAAAUAACAGCUAACAAAUAAACACAUAAAUAUAAAUUGAAAAUAAUUAAAUGUAAAUUAAGUUUUUAAGCAACAAAAACAUAAACAACAACAAAAUGUAUGUUAAAUAGCAAAAGAAAUGCGUUAAAAAGAAAAAUCAAAAAGAAAAUCCUUAAAUGUGUUAGUGUGUAAGUCUUGGCAUAAUUGGCGCGCAGCAGCAUCUUCGCUGAUUACAGUUAUUGCAAUUACACAAAGGCGCUAUCCACGCUUUCUGUAUGUAUGCACAAGUGAACGCAUAACUUAUGGAGUAUUAAAAUCAAAACUUUCAAGCACACAUUUAUUGUAGUUUUAAGGCUUACAAAACCACAAAAUGUUGCUGCAAAGUGAAAUCCGGCUGAAAAGCCGCUUAUUUACACAGCAACUUGAAAAUGUUGGUGGGUGACAUUGAAAGCGACAAAAAAAUUAAAACUACUGCGAGUACUUGUUUAUAUAUUUAUUUGAUUUUAUAUGAUUUAUUUCAGUUUAAUUUUAUUUUUUUAUUUUUUUGGUUGGCUUCCUUACUCUUCCUGGUUUUUAAAAAUGUUUUGAUAAUUACCUUCAUAGAUUUGUUAGACAUAAAUUCGGUGAUUGUAGCGCGGCCUUUGGCAAUAAUGAAUGCCAAAUGUUGUGAAGAUAUAUUGUAAAAUGACACAGUUUUCCAUAUUAAAACUUGAUUCCGAUCGUCCAGUAGUUAUGACAGUUAUAUGUUACGUUUAUCGAUAUGAUAUGUUCCUAACAUUUUUUUAAGCAAUAAUAAUUGACAAUUUUCUUAAAGAUGUCCCGUCAAUUGAAAAAUCUUUCCAUACAGACAUUUUAUUUCAAUCGUACUGAUUGUAUGGCAGCUAUAUGCUAAAACUUUUUUGGCAGGAAAGGACGUGUUAAAAAUUUCAGUUUAAUGACUUAAACACUGAAAUGUUUCAAUUAAUUUAAAAACAAUUUCCCGAGAAGCACUACCAAGAGCAAACAUAGUGGGACUUUGUUCUUAGUUUUAAAAUACUUACAUUCUUCAAAUUUUCUGUCAUCCCCCUUAAAGUACUCAUGGCCCCUAUACUCUUGUGCCAACGUUUCUUUCAAACCUCGAAACAGUUAUUAAAUUAAUUUUCCGGAAUAUCCUUCAAUUCGCGUAGCGAUUCACGUUGAAUGUCUGCAAUUUACUCAAAACGGUUCCCUGGAAUUGUUCAUUAAGUUAGCUGAAUAGCCAGAAGUCACACGGAGCUAAGUCAGGCGAAUAAAGCAGCUGCGGCACAUAUUUCGGUUGAAAAUUGGGUUGGAAUUUGGUGAAAAAGCCAAGAGUUUGAGCCCAUAAUUCCGGCUUCCUUUUACGAAUAGCUUCGCAAACGACGCAUAAUACUCAAUUAGUAUCCCUUGUUGACAGUACGGCCGGUCGGAAGGAAUUCGAAGUACACCAAACCUCGAUAAUCGAAAAAAACUGUCAAUAAAACCUUGUUUUUGGACCUGUUUUGACGUGAUUUUUUGGAUUUCGGGUCACCACUAUAUUCGGCCGAUUGAUCGUCUGUUUCCGAGUCGUAAGCAUAGAUGCAAGGCUCGUUGCCAGUAAUAAUAAGUUUUAAACAUCAUGGUAGUCGGAAAGCAUUGUUUCACAAACGUUGACGCGACGCUGUUUUUCGAAAAAAUAGAGUGAUUUUCAAAUCAAUCGUGCUAGUACUUUUCUUAAGCCAAAAUGGGUUUCAUUGAUCCAUCCGAUGUUUCAACGAUACCAGUAAGAUCUCUGACUGCCAAUUGUCAAAAAUUUCCUUAUUUUAUCGACGCGUUGAACAUCAGUUAAUAUUGAUGAUCGCCCUACGUUCGUCGUCAACUCGUAUAAAUCGCCGAAUUAAUUUUAUGUACUGUAGAAAGAAAAGCGUAUACUAAACACUAAUGAUUAUUUUGAUGUGACAUUUGAAAGAUGUCACCGACAGUCAUAUCAAUAUUAUUUACCCACAGGAAGAAAGUUUUCAAGUGGCUUCGAAUAACUCUUGGAUUUAACAUAAUUUUUUUCUUUAAUCAGUCAUUCCUUAUUUCAUGUAUGGUAUUCCGGCCCGCAAGUGGACUAAAAUACAAUGAUGUGCUAAGUCAUGUUCUUUUUGGUCAUUUUACUGAUUUUAUACACUCUCCUGCGAAAUUUUGGAAUAUGGUAUCUGGGAAAAUAACUGAUGGCAUUUGGACUUAUGGAAGUAAAGGGCGUUUUUACAGACAUACUAUAUAGUUUUGAUAAAUAAAACGAAUAGAAAUAGAGUUAAUUAUUUCAGCCAAAAAUUUAGUUUCAUUUGAAAGAUAAGGGUUUGUCAUCACGUUUUAAAAAUCAUUUCGGACAAGUGAUCGGCGCGGCUGGCUCGAAUAAAUUCCAGCCGAGGGGCAGAAUUUUCGAUCACUAUUUCCAGCAAUUGGUUUCAUAAGUCUGAGGUAAGACGCCGAAUAUUCUCUUCCAAGGCUUCAAACGUCUCGAGCAUAUCAGCAUAAACAAGCGACUUCAGAUAUACAUAUAUAUAUAUUAUAUUCACACCAACAACAUCUAAAUCAAAAAUUAACGAAAAAGUCAUUGAUCAUGGUCCAAUAGCGUUCCCCAUUGACAAUAACAUUAUGAACGUCUUCAUUUUUUAAAAAAUAUGGACCAAUCAUUCCCUAUAUCUAUAGAGCAUACCAGAAUUUUUGUUAAAAUCUCUACAAUAUAUGUACACAUGUAUAAAUUUAUAAAUUUAUUACAUUUUCAAUUGUUGGCUUUACUAAUCAGUAAAUGGUAAUAUUUUGAAGAUCUCGUAAUAAAACGUUCUCAGUACGGUUUCAGCACCUGUCAAAGAUAUAUAGAUACUAAAAAAAUGAAAAUGCGUCAUAUUUUGCUUUACUUCGAAAAAGGGAAAACGCAAGAUAAGCGGCUAAAAAUGUAAGUAUUGUCUGAAGUCCAGUUGCUUCGAUUCUGUCUGGUAAUUUUAAUGACAAAGAUGUACCUCUUUGUGAAAAAUCGAUUGUCCAAAGCAUCAAGAAAAUGAUGGAAAUCCUCAAGUCCGCCCGUCAUGUGAGCACUGUUUCAAUUGUCCAGGAAUGGAAAAUUUUACAAACAGCGUUAGGAGAGGUGGAGAAAGAUGCUCGCUGUACAGGUGCUGCUUUAGUAGUCUUAAAAUAGCCUCAUAAAUUGGAAUUCUAUCUGCGAAUUACUGUUGAAUAGCAACAAAAUGUAUCCAUUUCUGAAGUUGAUAGUUAGGUUAUGAAAAGUGGGUCGCCUACAACAAUGUCACUUCGCGGUUCUCUACUUUUCAAAA